AUGGAGAAUCCACCUGACUUUGAUGUCUGGGAUCUUGGUGUUGAUGAUCAAGAUACCUUCCAAAAAAUUUCAGAACUUCCUCACUUCGAAAGCCUUUUUGAUCCGUCGAACAUCAAUCAGUUCAAACACCUUGAAGAUAUCAGUAGUGAUAAUAUUUUUUCUGAAAGUAAUCUUGAGUCUUGGUAUAAUCAAGAAAAUGCCUAUGUUGACACAAAGCCGGUGCUAAACCCUGGCAUCCAUGCUUCAUUUGGGCAAAAUCUUGACAACAAUGUCAUCAAAGGUGAUCAUCACCUGAAAGGAUUCUCCAUGUUUUUGGUCCAAAGCGAUUGUGCUAGCUCUUCAAGCGUGAAGGAGGAGGAGGAAGAAGAAAGUAGGAAGAUGAGCGGGAGGAAGAGGUCGGUUGCUUUGCAGUUGGAAGAAAUCCAGAAGCAUUUCAACAUGCCAAUCACUCAAGCAGCUAGAGAAAUGAAAGUGGGCCUAACCGUGCUGAAAAAAAGAUGCAGAGAACUUAAGAUCAUGAGGUGGCCUCAUAGGAAGAUCAAGAGCUUGAAUUCUCUUAUCAACAAUGUCAAGGAAAUGGGGCUGAGUGAACACGACACAAUCAUGCUGAAGGAGCACAAAAGGCUUAUUGAAAAACUGCCGGACUUAGAGCUGACCGAAAGAACAAAGAAGCUGAGGCAGGCUUGUUUCAAGGCCAAUUACAAGAAGAGAAGGCUCUCGGCAGCAUAUCCUUGA